CCCCUCUCUAGCUCUCUCUCUCUGCGUGGCUGUGGGCACCGCUCCGUGACUCUGCGUGCGCGCUGGGAGAGGAGAGGAGGACAGGAGGACAUAUGCAGCUCUGACCUGCUGUGGACUUUAACCACCUUUCUUUAAAGCCUUUUUCCACCACACCUCUAAAAGAUGAGUGGCGCGACUCGUCCACCGGCUCCGUGUCAUUCCUCCGGCGAAGCUCGCCUCUCCGCCGCCGGUCCUUAGAAAUAAAAUAAUAAUAAUAAUAAAAUAGGCUGGCUGGGGAAACAACUCGGCACCGUCACGGUUGUCUAACAGCUCGGAUUUACUCUUUAAAAUGUCUUGACGUGGAUGGGAAGCUGCUGAGACGAUGACAGAUUAUCGGGAGGAUGGCAUGGACCUGGGGAGUGAUGCAUCCAGUCGCUCCAGCUCAGAGUCCAACUCCAACAAGGUCACACCAUGCUCUCCUUCUCUUGACUUGGCCACCUUGGAGGACUACAAAUCCUCCCCCUCCCCAGAUCUGGUCACUUUAGACGACUACGAGGAGGACGAGGACUACCAAGAGUACAAGAAGAAGGUGAUAGAGGAGUGGGAAAGCGAGUACGGCGAGGACUACGCCUCCCCGCAGCCAUCUUCUGGCCAAGAYGAAAGCAGUGAUGGCGGUGUGAGCGUCGCCAGCCUGGACGAAGGCUACAGGAAAGCAGUGAACGGACGCAGCCUCGCAGAAGAAUUCCAGGAUGUGAAGACAGUCCCUCCCCUGCCGGCCCCGGGAGGACGCGCCGCCACCCCGUCAGCCGCUGAACUGAAACAGAAUGGCAAUCUGAUUUUUCCCAGGAAAAACCAGGUCCACGCCUCCGGCACACCCGAGGGAGGCACAGGGACUCCUAAACUCACCCACCCCAGCUCAAGUCAGGGCAGGGGGAGCCGCAGCAGUGGCACUGGGAGUGGAGGAGGUGGGGAAGAYGGAGGAAGCGGGGGGACUGAAGGGCUGACACAUGGGUACAAAGAGGAGGGGGUAGAAGAAGAGCCGCUGCCCACCAUGGACUGGGCAGCCCUGGAGAGACACCUGGCUGGUCUGCAGUGCAGGGAGCAGGAGAACCAAAACCUGAACCACAACCAGAACCACAACAUGGGCAAGACCAACUACACCUCGGCCCAGAAAAAUGAGAGGGAGUCUAUCAGGCAGAAGCUGGCCCUGGGCAGUUUCUUCGACGAUGGACCCGGCAUCUAUACAAGCUGCAGCAAAAGCGGCAAACCCAGCCUGUCCUCACGGCUGCAGAGUGGCAUGAACCUGCAGAUCUGUUUCGUCAACGACAGCGGCAGCGACAAGGACAGCGAUGCCGACGACAGCAAGACAGAGACCAGCCUGGACACGCCUCUGUCCCCGAUGUCCAAGCAGAGCUCCUCCUACUCGGACAGGGACACCACAGAGGACGACUCGGAGUCUCUGGAGGACAUGGACUUCUUGAGUCGACAGAAGAAGCUGCAGGCAGAGGCCAAGCUGGCGCUGGCGAUGGCCAAGCCCAUGGCCAAGAUGCAGGUGGAGGUGGAGAAACAGAAUCGCAAAAAGUCACCGGUGGCUGACCUGCUGCCACACAUGCCUCACAUCAGCGAGUGUCUAAUGAAAAGAAGUCUGAAACCCACCGACCUGAGAGACAUGACGCUGGGGCAGCUGCAGGUUAUAGUUAAUGACCUGCACUCCCAGAUUGAGAGUCUGAAUGAGGAGCUUGUGCAGUUGCUACUGAUMCGGGAUGAACUCCACAUGGAGCAAGACGCCAUGCUGGUUGACAUCGAGGACCUCACCAGACACGCAGAGAGCCAGCAGAAACAUUUGGCUGAGAGGACCCUAUCCAAAUAAGAUGCCCCACCCCUGAUCCACUCUGUCUCCCUACCAAGCUUCGCCCUCUCUUGCUCCGAGACGAACUUUACCCCCACGGCUCACCUCGCCUCUGUGUCUACCCAAAACCUUCCCGCUUGUCCUGAGUACUUUUGCUCCCCGCUGCUUCCCCCUCCAGUUUCCCGCUCUUCCCUCGCCCUCCUGUCGGCUCACAGACGUCACUGGUAGCAAACAGCACAGCAAACAUUCAGACUUUCUCUGUAAUUUGCUUCUCCCUGCGACGAGGAUGGAGCAGCACGUCCUGCUUCCUGGGAGAAGAGGAAACUGAUUGUGUGUUGCCAUAGAUUCUGUCCCCAGCUUCCUGUGCAGUAAUCGGCCUUGCUUUGCUAUUGUUUCUUUUUAACUUUCUACAUUUGCCACUAAAUUAUAACUGUUCAAAUACAACAACAAAAAAUAUGAGAAUAAAAAAAUUUCAAUAAAAUAGUAGAAAGUCAGUCAUGAGAAGAAAAAAAAAGAAACACUGUACCAAGAAAAAAAAUAUUUAACACUUAACUUCUUUUGAUCAUUUUAGUUGGAUGGUAAUUUUAAAGUAUCUCAAAAGUUUGAAGCGUUUUUAUUCUGCACAAAUGGUAGUUUUCAACUGAGAAUUGUUCAUUUUGAAGGUGCUAAAAGAGUGUAAAAGGAAACAUGCCUGCCUUGUAGUGGAGUUGUAGAGUUUGGUAAUAUGUUCACUCUUCAACAUUUUGUGAAUGUUGAUUUUUUUCUGACACGAGUCAUUUUAAAUGAAUAAGUGUGUUAAUAUCAUUUUCAUGCUAUUGUAUUCAGAUACUUUAUUUGAGGGGGGAGGAGUGUUUAUGUACAGAUAUGUAAAAUAAAGACAAAACUUUGUUUCAUA